GGAUCGCACGACAGCCCUUGCUAGCAGCACACAAGCGUCAUAGUUUCGUCCUGCUGAUUCCUGCACUUGCUCUCGAGCCUCAACCUCCUUACUUCAACGCUCUCUUCUGCUUCCGCAACUCUUCGUGGUGCUGGAGCUUGUCAUCGGAAUCUGAACUUGUUCUUGCGCAUUUCCUUCAACUAGAAUCGACCAUGCAGCGUAUUCAACUUGCCGUGUAUCAGGCCAAUCUCUUUCGUGCCAUGAGAAGAAUGUCUUCCAUUGCACUGGAAGAAUCCGGGUCACGUGGAUUUGGCUUGGACAAAACUAGAGUUGCUCAACAGGGCAAGAACUUCCAGACGUAUCAUUCUUCUAGCUUUUCCCAGCCAUCCAUCAAGGAAGCUCGUGUGCAGUCGAAACAAGACCCUGCCACUCCUCUCAAACAGAUUAUACCUUUGAAGUCGGCGGAGGAGUACAAAUCGGUCCUUCGCAAGUUCAAUCAAAGUAGGCAGUAGAUGUGUAUCAUAGCAGCCCUGUACUUUCAUCUUGUAUUAUGAAUGAACGUUGUUCUUUUCUG